AAAGCAGCAGUGAGCUAGAAAGGCAAGAAUCAAAUUUGGAUUAACCUGGUGAGGCCCCGACUGUUUGAGAUUUUCCCGGGAAAGGAGAUUUGACUGUUUAUUCAAGAUGGAGAGCACGUUUGAAGUUAUCCUAAACACUCAAUUGAAACAGAAAGACCCAAAAGAGGCCGUGUCAAUUGCUAUCUCAGCCCGGGCUCUCUUUGAUAUGGAAGAAGAGCAUGAGUUGUUCUUGACAGAAGGAAAAGAAGAGUAUGUGAACCAUCAGAUCACCAAUGAAAACAUACCACUAAAGGAGGGCAUUGUUGCCCCAUUUGUCAAGGCGAUUCAAAUGGUAAAUAACAAGUUAUUGGCAAGAAAUCCUGAUGAAAAGCAACUCUUUGAAAUUAUUCUUCUGUCAACUCACAGUGCUGAAGGUGGGGUGAGGAUCAUUAAUAGUGUAAAUCAUUAUGAUUUCGAGAUUAGCAAGUUUUGCUUUCUAGAUGGAAAAGAUCCUGUAAAGUUCCUACAUGCAGAAGAUGUAAAGCUGUUCCUUUCAGCAUGUGAAACUUCUGUUUGCAAUGCACUGAAGAAAGACAUUCCUGCAGCUCUAGUAAUACAACAAAUGAGUCAGAUAAAAGAAAGUCAACUUAAGGUGGCAUUUGAUGGGGAUUCAGUAUUGUUCUCAGAUGAGACUGAUACUGUAUUCAACGAGAAAGGUCUGAAUGAAGUUAUCAAGUAUGAGAAGGACAUGGAGCAUGUUCCUAUUGGAGAGGGCCCAUUGAAGAAGUUUGCCAUGAUUCUUGGAGAGAUGAAAAAGAAGUUUAGUCCAGAGAAUGAUCCGAUUUGCACAUACCUGGUGACGGCGAGAAGUGGCAACAAGCUGGGUAUCCGAGCCAUUAAAACUCUGCGUAGCUGGGGUCUCAAGAUAGAUGAAGCUUUCUUUAUGGCAGGGAGUCCUAAAGGCCCACUUUUAGCUCACAUCCAACCUCACAUUUUCUUUGAUGAUAACGCACGUAAUAUCAAAGGAGCACGUGAAUAUGGAAUCCCAGCAGCCUUUGUACCAUGUUGCUGUGAAUAGUUUAAUAUGACACUUUCCUUUUCAUAAGGCAGUGGUGGAGAUGUGGCCUAGCAUUAUAGGGUAGUUUUUUUGAUUGCUCGCUGUAAAGGCAGAGCCUUGUUAGCUAGCCUUGUCACAGCCUGUAACUUUUUAUUCAUUAAAACCAUGAGCUGUAUAUGCACAAAUUGCUAAUAUGCACUUUCAACAGAUGAGGGUCAUCAGAAAAGGCGCACAUUUGAAAAAUUUACCCUAGUGUAUUAAAGCCUUCCAUCCCAUUACAAAUUAAUUUUACUUGCUGAAGAGCACUUGUAAAAUGUUGAGUUUUUCUUCACUCUUUGUUCCAUUCCCAGCACUUGCAACUUCCACAUUGUGAUUACACAAUUCUUAAAAAUGUAUUUUUUAGAUCAAAUCAUAAGUGCUGUCAUCAGAAAGCCACUGUCCUCAUAAGUAGAAUUAAACACAGAAAUUUUAACAUAUUGAAGGUUAUGAUUUUCAACAUGCUUUAUGAACUUUUUUUGUUAGAACUUAAGGCCUUUUUUACCAUCUAGAUUUCCUGGAAUUCCAUUAGUUUGUUUCAAGUUUUCCUAAAUUUAGGCAGCUGUAUAGAGCUGUACCAAAGUGAAUAGAAAGAGACCGUAACUCCCUAGACUGGAGCUUGGUAUCAAAUUCUUGAUUGUCUGGCUAAAUUGUUGUUUGUAAUUCUGGCAAUUUUGGGAGAUAUUUUAAAUGAUAGCCCAUUAAAAAUUUAGUCCAAUUUCAAGGACACUUUAACUUCAUGCGCUAGGGCAUAACAUGAGUUAAAAUUGAGCAGCUCUUUUUUGAGCUUUGAUCCCACACUUCAAAAUGUUUUAAUGCUGGGUGAUUGCAUGCUUCUUUAUAAUAUGUUAAUCAGGGUCCUAUCCUUAAGAUAGGACUAAGAGGUGAUUUUAAUAGUUCUUCGGCCAGACCAAUGAAAUCUAUCCAAUGCUCAGUGAAGGCCUCAAAGAAGGAAGUAAGGUAUUUUUCUUUGUGGGAACAAGAUAAGCAGCAAUCUUCCCAAAUCCCUCUGACCAGCUUGCCAAUGUUACAGGAAAGCAACCGACCAACGAAAUCUUAAAUUCUUCCAGGCCUUCCAUCAAACAUGUUACUCCUCCAAUUCUGAUUUUCCACAGGGAGUUAAAGGCCGUACACUUCUAUGCAGGUAUUAUCAGUAAGCCAGCACAAAGGGAAGAGAUCCCACUGCUUGAAAUGUGCUCCAAUGUGGAGUUUUUUUUUAAAAAAACAUCGAAUAACGGUUGCUUAUACAAAGAACAGUUCCUCCUCUGUGGAGUCCUGUAUAUGCUCCAAUUUGCCAAUAAAUAUUAAAGCUGGAGAAUCUGGUGAGCAGUACCACAUGUGAAACUCUAUCAAUUUUAGCUAUGCUAACACAAAGAUUGAAUAGUGUUUGAUUAUAGGAAGGAACCCAGGCUUUGGUUUACAUCAUCCCACUGUGUGAGAUUCACUGUUGCACUGCUGGAUUACAGGUUGCACAGGGCGCUGCAAUGGAGAACAUUUUAAGAAGUUAACUGUAUUAGGCUGAAAAUAUACAUGGAACAGUCAUUAUUCGUCCUUUACGAGCUCUAAUUGCUUCUGUAUCAAUCAUGUGUUAGUAUAGUUUGAUAUAUUUAUAAUUUUGAAGCUGAAAGGAAUUCUUUCAGGUUUCAGUUGUAUUCAAUUUAUGUUUGUGAUGCUGACCACCUGUGUGUAAUUUUGAAAGGAGUGUUAUUAAUACUUGAUAGCAAUAUAAUGCCUUUGUGAUCUCAGAGAUGUAUGGAAUUCAAAUUGGGUUGGCAGUAGAAACUGGAGCUAAGUUGUUACGUCUAGGAAAUGAGCCAUGGCUAGAGUCCAAAUACAUACAAUACACUCAUCCCACAGGUUACUUGCACUUCAACAGCAUAUAUCUGUAGAGCAAGGUAGAGGAGACAUGCAGCUUACCCUGCUAUGAGUAGGUUCCGUAUAGGCUUUGUGAAAAUAUGUAUCGGAAUAUGAAAUGAGCCUUAUCCUGUAUCUUCAUCUGUGGAUCUUUUAGCAGUUUAUAUCCUCCAUUUAUAUAUUUACAGAUUACUGUUCUCCCCCUCCCAUGAUAGUUUGUGAGUUUGUGCUCUAGGGGACAAGACUGAAUAGGUAGAGCAAGUGUUAUACUUGAUUCUGUUCUCUGUUGAAUUAAGUGAUCUAAACUGGGAGAGGAAUGGAGAUGCUAUAGUUUGCCAUAAUACAUCUGGAUUAAGGAGGAAGAUAUUGGCUUGUGUUUUCCCCAAUCACUAUCUGGUGACUCUUCCAAAGAGUGCGUUGGCAUUGGUUGUCAAGUGAAGAUGAUUUGAGUCCUCGUUGUAUAUCUGUGCCCAUGCUGAACAGCUUAGCAUUUGCCGGUAGGUUUGCAUAGGGAGGAUCGUUUGUUUCAGACAUCAGAAGAUUAUUGUUAUCAGUGCAAUCAGCACAAGGAAAGCAAAACGUUAAGGACAGAGAAGGGAGGAGUGAAUAUCAAUUGACCACCAUAAAUGGCAGUAUUUCAUUAUUGUAGAAACUGUGCUGUCAAUGAGGAACUGCGCUAUCAGAGCACAUCUGAAAGUGCAGUUGAAUAUUACAAAAUUCCAAGUUGAAGCUUCAGAGUGAAUUCUUAACAGUGCCAUCACACAUAUUCCCUGCUGAAUGAUUUCAACUAUUUUGUGUUAGAGAGAAAACUAGUGAACUGAGAUUGAUAAAUUAUUUUAAUAUGAAACCAAAGAGUUUUUUUUUGGAUUUUCUUUAGCUGUAAAGAUUUUUCAGUACAUACAGAGAGCUGAAGACUCAACACUCUAGACUCCUGUUUACUUGGUGGAAUAUUGCAAGUUCAUGUCUUGAGAGACUUUUUGUUAUUGCUUAUGCAAGUUAAUGCCAUUGAUCUUAGAAUUCUGAGUUCAAAUGGUAGAAGGAAGGACAGUCGCACAUGAAAAAGGCACCUUCUGUUGUUCAGAAUUGAGAAAGAUUAUGUUAUUACAAAUAGAUAAGGAUGGAUGUUUAUCUCACUUUUUUUUUAGCAUGUAGCUGUUACAUUUCAAUUGAACUUAGUUAGGAGAGCCAACUCCAUGGUUUUCUUAAGUGGAAGAGAGUGGAGUUUAUUAUCCAUUAAACCUAAGGAAAUAGGAAAAUGCAACACUAAACACAUAAAUGCAGGUAAUAGAUUUAAAAAAUGUGAGAGGGAGGUGUCUGUGCAGACAGAAGGGUAAAGGCAGUUGCAGUUAAGUGUUUAAUGUCCUUGAGCUGAGAGUGAAACCUAAGUCCCAGCUGCAUAGCUGUUGUCCUGUUUUCUUAGGACUGACAAAGCUUGCAGAUUUGAUUUCUUAGUGAAUAGUGAUUUUUCUAAGUUGCUUUUCAUCGGCCCUAAUUUCUGAGGUUGAGAGAGAGAGCAGCUUUUAGUAUCCUUGCUGUUAUCAGUUCAUGUUGCUUUCCUGUUGUUGAUAUACCUGCUCCUUUGCAGAUUCAGGUUUCUGUGUCACUGUUAUGCUGGGUAGUUGUAGGCAGCUUUUCAUCUCUCAAUAUGUGCAGUUAUUCAACCAAGUGUGAGUAAAACGAGAGAUAUGACUUUUAUGAUGCCUCACUGAGUUUCUCUGUCUCUUAAUUACAACUGUAAUGCCAGUGUGGCUCAUUUUAUGUAUUCCAUGUGAGUUGCCUGGGUUUGUCAGGUGAUCAAAGCAGCCAAUUAAAUGUGUAAUCUUUUACAACCA